CCCUGAGCUGGAGACUGUAGUGGACAAGUUAUAAACAAGGGCUUAGCUGGUGGGUCUGUGGGGCAGGGGUUGGAUCUGGGUUGUGGUCCUGGCUCCAGCCUGAUCUGCUGGGUGGGUGGCCUCGAGCAAGUCACUCAGAUUACAGGCUCAGAGGUCACCUGGUGCAAUGCUUAGGUUACCCAGGGGUGCACAGUUUCAAUACACUGCCUAACCCCCUAUGGGGGCUCAAAGUCCUUAAGUGCAAAAUGGGGCAUUGGACAGAUGACCUUGGAGCUUGCUCCCACUUUAAUAUUCUGCAACGCUACAGAGAUGAGGAAGUUCCAGGCAGGUGGGUUUGGUGCCAUCCCACCUAUGAUCUCUGUUCUCCACCCUUAAUACUGGGGGGAGGGGCAGUGGAGUCCAGUCCCCAGAAAUGUUUCUCAAACAGACGCAUGGAAGGAAGGAAGGUUACCUGGGCUUCCUUGAUGCUACGAAGUGAUCCCCAGGGGCAUGGUUUGGUGGUGGGCCCUCAGUGGGAUCCAACCCAUUUCCCAGAUUUUCUUUCUAGACACUGGGGCCACUCCAGGCUGCUUCUGUCUCCUUGGUGCACUCCGGUCUCCUGUUUGGAUCUUUUCUUUCUUCUUCCUCACCUGGCCCCUCAGUCCCUUGAUCUCUUCUAUUCUUCUGGUGGAAGGCCUGACCUCUUCUUCCUCUUGAGGCCAUCUGUCAUUUAGCUUUGUUCAGGGGUGUGCCAUGUGGGGCUGGAAGAAGGAGGAAGGGGCUUCUAAUCCUCCGGAGGGAGGGGAGGCUUGCUCACCGUUGUCUGGCCUGUGGGAGCAUUGUUAGGACCAACUUCCUCAUAGCAUGUCUCUUGAGUGUUCAUGACGUUGAGUCCCUGUUUAUUCUUGCUUUGUGUUGCGUUAGUAAAGGCCCAGUCUCCUGGUUCUAAGAACUAGGUUGGGAGGCAGGGAGAAAUAACCCUCCCACCAUGUGAAGAAGGAAUUUUAGGAAUUUCUAAAAAGCAGAGCUACCACACCCUGCUUGCUAGUAGUGGGAGAGUUUCAGUGGUGGCAGCUGCACGCCUCUCCCUGAGGGUCCUGUACUGGGUGGGGGGCUCAUGGACUACCAGGGGGCAGAGACAGAAUCUAUCCCAGGGGACAUCCCAAAGUUCCUGUGUCUGCUCCCAGAACCUCAAGGCAGUUUUUGGUACUUUGAUUUGUAACCGAACAUAGGCAGUGCAUGACCCGAGAGGAAGGGCCUGGCACUGCAUGUCUGGGGAAGGAGCAGGGACACGGGCUGGGCUUGGAAACAUGCCACUUGCCCAGAUCCUGGAUGGAGAUGCCUGGUUGGAGUGGGGUGGUGCCUGGUGGAUGAUUGCUGGGUUGAGCAAGAGAAGGGACUUGGACACCCUGUUUUUUGGUUUCAUUUCCAAAUCCCAGAGUGUCUUUUAACCAACGACGACAAUAACACCUUUAUUAACCUUGUGGCUUCACCUAAGCUGCCCAGCGCCUUCCUUCUCUGGUUACCGUAGGUAGAUUCUUUCUUGAGAAGUUUCACACUCCUCUGUCCAGCAUGGAAAGCAUGGAUGGAAAGGGCCCUCAGGUGCUCCCCUGAACCCCCUCUCUUCUUCCCCAUCCCCCCAUCUCCUUCUCUGGGAAGCCUUCCUUGACUGACUCUCAGUGGUGGUUCAGGGCCAUCCCUCCCUACCCCCAGCACCUGGAGUCCAGGUCUCUGGCUGCUUCCUCGUCUUUGGGACAUGCCCAGAUCUCCUGCUGGCCUGCGAGCUCUGAGGGCAAGGUCUGGGCUUCCUCUCCCUCGGGCUCCACACGUGUUGGGCCCCUGUCCUCCAGGCGUGUCAGAAUAGGUCAGCCGGAGCCAGUGACAGACACAGUCAGGCCUAGAGCAUCUUGCUCCCCAAGGCCCAGCCCAAGCACGGGAGGGGAUAAAAGUCUCGUGCUGAGGCCUUGGGGCAGGAACUCACAAACCUGGAUUAUCCUCCGUCUGUCUGUAGCUGUGUGACCUUCCGUCUCUACCAUGUCUCGCUCAACAUGCCAGGCCCGGAGGGGCUUCGGUGCUCGCUCUGCCUGUUCUGCACCCCCAGGGGGCCGUGGCAGCCGGAGCAGCUUCAGCAGCAGAAGCCUCAUUUCCUUUGGGGGGUGUAGAGGAUCCUCUCAUGGGAGGGCUUGGGGAUCAGGGAGAGGACCAGGGGUAUGGUUUGGGGAGGACCGUGGUGCGCCCGGGCUUUCCUUGUGCCCUCCGGGGGGCAUCCGGGAAGUGACCAUUGACAGAAGUUUGCUGACCCCACUGAAGAUGGAGAUUGACCCCCAGUUCCAGGUGGUGAGGACUCAGGAGACCCAAGAGAUCAGAACCCUCAACAACCAGUUUGCUUCCUUCAUUGACAAGGUGCGCUUCCUGGAGCAGCAGAACAAGGUCCUGGAGACCAAGUGGGAGCUGCUGCAGCGGCUGGGCGUGAGUGACAGCCCCCCGGACCUGGAGUCUUUCUUUGAGGGCUACCUGGCCCGGCUCCGGUGGCAACUGGAACAGCUCCAGAGGGAGCGAAGGGCUGUGGACGCCGAGCUGAAGUCCUGCCAGGACCAGGAGGAGGAGUAUAAGGCCAAGUAUGAGGAAGAGUCCCGCAAGCAUGCCACGGCUGAGAAUGACUUUGUGGUCCUAAAAAAGGAUGUGGAUGGAGUUUUCCUGAGCAAGAUGGAGCUGGAAGGCAAGCUGGCAUCUCUUCGAGAGUACCUCUGCUUCUUGAGGCAACUCAAUGAAGAAGAACUGGGCCAGCUCCAGACCCAGGCCAGUGACAUGUCUGUGGUGUUGUCCAUGGACAACAACCGAGGCUUGGACUUCAGUGACAUCAUUGCGGAGGUCCGCGCCCGGUACGAGGAGAUUGCCCAGAGCAGCAAAGCUGAGGUGGAGAUGCUGUACCAGACCAAGUACCAGGAGCUUCAGGCAUCUGCCCGGCUUCAUGGGGACAGCAUGAAGGAAACCAAAGUCCAGAUCUCUCAGCUGCAGCAGGCGAGUCAGAGGCUGCAAAGUCAGAUCGAGAACCUCAAGAAGCAGAAUGCUGACCUGCAGGCCACUAUUGCCGAUGCCGAGCAGCGUGGGGAGCUGGCCCUCAAGGAUGCUCAGUCCAAACUGGACGAGCUGGAGGCCGCCCUGAGAGCAGCCAAGCAGGACCUGGCCCGGAUGCUGCGCGACUACCAGGAGCUCAUGAGUACGAAGCUGGCCCUGGACGUGGAGAUCGCCACCUACCGCAGGCUGCUGGAGGUUGAGGAGAGCAGGAUGUCUGGGAGGUGCACCAGCCAGGUCAAUAUCUCUGUGGGCGGAGGCAGCAUCGUUGUGUCUGGAGGAGCGGGCAGUGGCCUGGGGGCCACUUGUGGACUUGCAGACGGGAAAGGCAGCUUUGGGUCCAGCUGCUCCAGCAUCGUGACCGGAGGCUCCAAUGUCAUCCUGGGCUCUGGGCAGGGUCCUGUUUGCGGCUCCUGCUCUGUAUCAUGCUCUAGCUCUGGCUCUAGCUCUGGCGGCCACACCAUCCUGAAGAAGACAGUGGAGUCAAGUCUGAAGACUUCUGUCACUUACUGAGUGACCUUGCAGCCACUUGUUCCUUGUGCCUUCCCGAGCCCUCUCAGCACUGCUCCCACCUCCACCACCCCCCUCCCUGCACAGCCAGCUCUGUGUCCACUGCCCACAGCCUGAGCCAGCCCACAGGGGACUCUGCAAAAGUCAAUAAAACCAUGUUU